ACGAGUUUUGUUGCGAUCUGCCAUGAAAAACGAGGAAGAAGAAGAAGAAUGGCUGAGGGGGAGUUGAACGUCGACAGCAUCAUCUCCAGACUGCUGGAAGUGCGAGGAUGUCGUCCAGGGAAGAUCGUGCAGAUGACGGAGGCGGAGGUCCGAGGACUGUGCAUCAAGUCUCGUGAGAUCUUCCUCAGUCAACCCAUCCUCCUGGAGCUGGAGGCUCCUCUGAAGAUCUGCGGUGAUAUCCACGGCCAGUACACAGACCUGCUGCGGCUCUUCGAGUAUGGAGGUUUCCCGCCGGAAGCCAACUACUUGUUCCUGGGAGACUAUGUGGACCGCGGGAAGCAGUCGCUGGAGACCAUCUGCCUGCUGCUGGCGUACAAGAUCAAAUACCCUGAGAACUUCUUUCUGCUCCGCGGCAACCACGAGUGUGCCUCCAUUAAUCGCAUCUAUGGCUUUUAUGAUGAGUGCAAACGUAGGUUUAACAUUAAACUAUGGAAGACUUUUACUGACUGCUUCAACUGUCUGCCCAUCGCUGCCAUCAUAGAUGAGAAGAUCUUUUGCUGUCAUGGAGGCCUCUCUCCAGACCUGCAGUCCAUGGAGCAGAUCCGUCGCAUCAUGAGGCCCACUGAUGUACCUGACACGGGCCUGCUGUGUGAUCUGCUGUGGUCAGACCCAGAUAAAGAUGUUCAGGGCUGGGGUGAGAAUGACAGGGGCGUUUCCUUCACUUUUGGAGCUGAUGUGGUCAGCAAAUUUCUUAACCGCCAUGAUCUGGACCUCAUCUGUCGCGCUCACCAGGUGGUUGAAGAUGGGUAUGAAUUCUUUGCUAAACGACAGCUUGUGACGCUGUUUUCUGCUCCCAACUACUGUGGAGAGUUUGAUAACGCUGGUGGCAUGAUGAGUGUAGAUGAGUCCCUCAUGUGCUCUUUUCAGAUCCUCAAGCCAUCAGAGAAAAAGACGAAGUACCAGUACGGGGGGGUGAAUUCUGGCCGCCCGGUCACUCCACCUCGUACAGCUCAAGCUCCUAAGAAGAGGUGAACUGAUUGGUCCAGCUCAAUCCAGCAGCACCUCUGAGCUCAUCCUACCUUGAUCUGGCCUGCAGGAGGCCCGUCCUACACUCAACCAACACAUUUUUUAUGUGUAUAUACAUUUUGCUGUGAACAGUGUUCUUUAUUUGCUUGUUUUUAGGUGUUUCUGUUAAUAAUUGUUAUUAUCCUGGUUGUGUGUUUUCCUGCAUCAUGAUGUAUUGCUCAUCCUGGACUGUGCUUCAAGGUACAGUAAUAUCAGUUGAGGUUAGAGGAUGAUGGGGCAAUGAGGUUUUGACACAUUCUGCCUUUAUUACAAAAGAUGUGUGCACGUGUGUUUUUGUAGAUGUGGGGGGGUGUUACUCAAUUCUUGUACAUAUUCUAUACUUUCAUCUAAUCAAGUGCACUGGGAUGGGUAACUCCCAUCUGCAGUCAUUCUUACUCCUCUCAAACACCAGUGUUGUGUUUCGAAGGGCCUUUAUUCCGUUUCCUAUUGGACAAAAUGUUUGGUAAAAUGUCAACUGAAUACAGUAGCCCCAAGAAGUUUUUGGAUACUUAAAAAUGUAUGAAUGUCAUUGCAUUAGCCAUGUGACAUCUGCAAACUGAUUAUGCUUGUGCUUUUUUUUUAUUAUUAUUAUUAAAUUCCCUUUUCUAGGCCAUGACUUUUGCAACUGGUGCCAAGUUGAUUAUUAGUGGAUGUAUGAAGGAAGUUAACACCGUUGUCCUAGCAGUGUAACCAAAGGUGCAUAUCAUCAGACUAACUAUGGACAUGUUGCAUUAAUGUGUGACAACAUCAAGUCUCCAAAUACUGUCUUUAUUUACACAAGUUAUUGCCAUUUCAACCAUAACAAACUUCUUUUAUGAAUGUGUUCCUUGAAAAGUUUGCGCUAUCAAAUAAAUGUCACUUGUUUUAAUAUAUACUUUUGUAAAUGU